AGGUAUAAUAAAAAAAAAAAAACAAUAGCAAUUGUGCUAGAGCUGGACUUUGGAAGCCCAGCUCCCUGCCUGCGGCUCCACAGACCUGGGCACGUUUUAGGUGACUCCUGCUUCAGGUCCAUUUCGAGGAGUAGCUGUUAGGAAGUUUGCUGGAACUUUCAAGCCUAGGACCGAGGUACAGGCGCCGUGGAAAACUUAGGUCCACGGCGCUAGGAGAUGGCCACUUGCUGUGCACGCUGAGACCUGGGAAGGGACCCCAGGGCCUGUGCCCGUGCGCCCCAAGUUUGUGCUCCAGAAAUUUGGGGAAAGAGCGUAUUGUUCAGGCCCUUGAGUUUUCCUCCCUGGCUUGGCCCUCCUCCACCAGUGCUGCUUAGAGAGGACGGGAGGAUGAGAAAGAAAAAAUACCCCAAACAUCAUAAAGGAAACACUGGGGCCACCCAGCAAACACUUCUUAAGUGGAAAUUACCUAAACCCUCCCUUUAGCCUGUGCUUUUUAGGAGAUAGCGCAGACCCUGUGAAGUGCAGCCGAUGAAAUUCCCUGUUGUACUUGUUUAAGGGAGGACACAGGUGAGCACUAGGUAGUCAGCUUAUAGGCUGAUGAUUUAUUCAUUCCACGAACUGCAAUGAAAACUGGACUCUUCUGUCUUAACCCGGCUGCACCUUUAUUAGUUGAAUGUAUUUUCCUUUAUUUUAUAUCUUUUUGUAUCCAGUAACGGCCAGGAUUCACAAUCUUUGGGUGGGGAGCUAAGCCACCUAGUGCAGUUGAGUGAAAACACUUGCCUUGAAAUCCUGACGCAAGUGCCCGGGACAGGCCUCUUAGCAGGUCGUGCAGAUGGGCUCCCUGGAAGAGGAGCUAGAACCUUGUGACAAUAGCGAAGUUCUGUUGAAGAGAUCCUUGACCAAAAUGAAGAUUCAGGAACGAUACGGGUUUUUGUUGAUGAAAGUUUUUAGUAGGUUAUGGAUGUGUCACCGGAGUAAGAUUUUAUGGAUUUACUGGCUUUCAGAGGAAGUGCCUUGGUUUCUAACACAUGAUUAGUCCUUGGGGGGACAUGAAAUGAAAAGAUUGACACCGGCCUCACUGUGAGCUCUGCACCCUGCAGGCCCGGCCCUGGGAAGCCUCCGUUCUGAUCUGCAGGUUUGUGGUUCUGCAAGGAGCCUGUUCUCACUGUUCCCAGGUUGCAUAUUUUUCAAGAUUCUGCAAUGUGUCCUCAACACUGUAUCCUUUAACAUGAUGGAGACUUAGCUCCUACUCCCCUUCAUUUACAUGUCUUGGAAGUGGACUUGAGACCGUUUUUUUGUUAUGUUAAAAAAACAGGUGUGAACAUGGAUUUUCAGAGACUAGUUUUUCCAGCCCUUUCUUGGGUGCCCAGAGCUGUUCUCCCAUCUUGUUUCUUUGUGGCAUGCCCUAAACCUAAGAGCAUUCCUCUCCAGAGUGGUGUUCUCCCCUCCCCCAUCCCCCCCUUCCCCCAGCAGUUCCAUUUCCUUUCACCCCAUCCUUAAAAUGCCAAAGGAGAGUUCUCUCACUGACCUGCAGGUGCUGUGCUGGGGCCCUCGCAGUUGCUGCAGGAGCCCACGCCCUGCAUGGUCAGGGUGGGAGUGCUAGUGAGGCUCAGGUGUGAGGCUCAGGUGAGGCUCAGGUGUGGCUGAGAGUCCUGAUCAGCUGUGGGCUGCGGUGCUGCCCUUGCAGCUUGCAUUUGGGAGCUAAUGAUGAGCUGCUUACGCUGCACCUUCAGGAGUGCGUGUUUGUAGACACCAGUCGUCCCAAGAAGACCCAUUCAUCUUAAGGUGCUGUUUAACUUGCAUUUAAUUUUAGUGUGUUCAUAUAAAAAGGUUGUCUUCUGUUUGCCCCCUGCUUUUGAUUUAGCAUGGAAGGUGGGUAAAGAGUGUGGUUAAACCCUGAAAAUGAACACAGUAGUGGAUGUGGUGAAACCAGGCCUUAAAAGAUGGUGACUGUGCCAUUUGAAAAGGGAGUUCUUGGACCAGUCUUAGGCCACGUUGUAGGAGAGCCUCCAGAAUAAAAAGAUUUUGAAAGUCUUGCCACACAGUGUCUCAGCAUUGACGAGGCCAUGACGUGCAGGCAGCAGCUGUGGGGAAGGCCCCCGCUGCCGGCCUCUGGUAGUCUCCGUUCAGUUUCUGGAAGAACUUUAACAGUGGAAAAACCAUUGCCAGAAUGAUAGUGAGUGCUCUCUCCACCCAUGCCGCCCUGCCCUUUGCAGUGGGGAGGCCCAGGGAGAUCCAGGAUGGCCCAGCACGCAGUGGGUGAGGUUUAGCUGAUUUCUGAGGUCUGGUCCUUUUCAAGUACCUGAGAAAAUGCCUGAUGACCUUUGAUUUCACUUUAAAAUUCGAUGUUAAUGAUUGCUCUUAGACAUCAGUUAGGUGAGGGCUAGACUGAAUUGUCCAUCUGUGAACAGCAGAGGAGUCUCAGAAACGCUGUAUAAACUUUGUAUGGGAUGAAUUUCGGAAAAAGAAUUUUGAGGUGAAAAAGAGCUGUGCAUAGGGCAUUUAUUGUCUUUGGUCACUUAGUUUUAGGAACAUUUUAAUUAUCGUGUCUUACUACAUUUGCCCAGAGGAUAAUUGAGUUGGCAUAGAAAGUUGUGAAGGCCCUGAGAAAGUUUUUCUUCCUGAAGUUUUAUCAUUGCUACUCUAGGAUUUUGACACAAAGAAUUUAAUGGUUUAAAUAGUAACUAAAUUGCUAAAUGAAUACAUGUGUGUACAAUAAAUUACCGGUAACGUGUCAUAUUGUGUAUGUCUUUCUAAUGGGAAUGAAAGAGCAGAUACUUUACAAGUCUUAAGUUCUAUCUCAUUAAGACAGAUCCCACAAGAUAUUUCUGUACCAUUCAUUUAUUUUAAAUUCCAUUGAAAAGGAGAUUAUUUUGUAUUUUUAAAAUAGUUGCUUGAAACAGGAAGGCAGAAUUUCGGUUUUUUUUUUUUUUUUUAAUGUAAUCUGAGUUAAAUUUAUCAUCUGGGUUUUACAAAUUUAAAAAUACAAGUGUAGUGAUAUGGCAGUCCCUAAAACAGAAAACAGUGAGUAGGUUUUCUGAUUGUGAGCUGAAAAAUCUUCUGUUUCUCUUCACUCUAGCCUGUUGGAUUAGAAAACCCGGCAAAAGUUAUAUCCAAAUUAGAAUCUUCUGAAAGUAAUACCUGCAGAAUAUUUGCAUUUUAGGUACCUGUUUUGGAGGUGUAGGGUGCUAACUCAAGUUUGAAGUGGUCAGCCCGAGGCCAUUGUGCUUGGCUCACUGGCAACCUUGGAUAAGUCGGACGUGGGGACAUUUCUGCUCUCAGGUGACUGGCAGACAAAGGUUCUAAUGCUAACAUCUUGGUUCUGGCUGUCACAGGGCUAAGUUAGACUGCUUUUCUUCUCAUGGGCCCUCCCUGAACAGCUUAGCUUGUAUCUUUAAUAAUCCCCCUUUGUGUUUUGUCUGCUGGAAACCAGACAACUUGAAAUUAGUCCUCUAGUAAUGAAAGACUUGAGCCUUGUGGGCGAUGUUCCACUUUCGUUCAGCACUACCGCUUUCCUGGGUCACAGCUCAGCGCCGCAGCCUGCUUUGGAGGAGGGAGCUGCCCUGCCCGUGAGCUGCUGGGGUCGAGGAGUGGCUUGGGGUGGGAAAUUCCCCCUCCUCUCCCUCCUUGUCAUGGGUGAUGAAGACCGCUUGUCUCACUUUGACCCUCAUUACUUGUUUUUCCCCUAAUUAUUCUCGAUUCACUUAUUCGAUAUGGCUGUUCUUAGUUUUCACAUCUAGGUAUUUCUGUGUGGACUCCUGUUGAAUGUCCUCAUUUUCAGAUUAUAACAUCACUAAAGAAAACCAAGAGUUUGAAAGCAAUGAGGGGCAGAUUCUCAAGGACUGUUUCUCACUAGUGUGUUUGCAGCGCAGUAUAAUUCAUUCGCUCAGCACCUUUUUUUUUUUUUUUUUUUUGGUGGAGGACAGUAUUCUUAAUCAAUAGGGAUGACCAUCAGCAUAGGUAGUUAUCGCUCAGGGGAGUCAAAUUUAAGAAAAUUAUUCAAAUUUAAUGAGUGUCUGCUGAGUUAUCAGUUUAUUGAAAGGGAAAACCACCCUCUCUCAGAAGAUUGGAAAAGGACAGCUAAUCCGGUUCUCUUAUCCUGUUGCUGGCUCUGACUUGGAGCCAAGUGGACUGGCAAGGUGGACUUGGAGCCAAGCGGCCCACCAGUGCCUGUGUUUAUAUCACCUGUGAGCUAAGGCAGGAUUGUACCCUUUUUUAAAAAAAUGGGUGAAAAAUCAAAGGAAAAUAAUACAUGAAAGUUACAUGAAGUUGAAACUGCACCAUCCUUAACUAUGGGCUUACUGGACCGUAACCCUUUGUGUUUAUAUUUGCCGUCUCAUCCUUUCCAGGAGAAGUGUGCUGACCCCUGAUGUAGACACAGUUCAGACAUGGACACAGGGCCUAGGUCGAGCAGUUCUCUUAGCUCGUUUUGGUCUCUUCUGACAUUUCUGCUUUGAUCCCUACCUUUCCCGUCUCUUAACAUAACAUACCUUUGACUUUUAAGGGUUGCCCUUCGUGUGACUUAUCUUUUUUUGGUAACACACUCCUAAUUCUGGCAUUUCCCACCUCUCUGGCUGACUCUGCCUCCUGGCUGUCCCCAGGGUACUGCAGGCACUGACCUGUCGCAAGCUUGAGGAGUCAGGCCUACCUCCACACUUGCCUGCUUGUUUCUGCGGUGGCUUCUCUGUCCCCUGGGGAUGAACGAGUCCAGUCUCCCUGCGAGCCGUCUGCUCCAACUGUCUCAGCCCCUGUAGCUGCUUCUGUGUCCUGGUUGAACCUCUCCUCUUUCCUGCUUGGGUUCUUGCGGUUGAACUACUCUGACUAUUGCUGACGGGAGGAUGGCGGGAGCCUGAAAUGUGUGUGUUUUUCUACAACAGUAGAAAAUGGAGAUGUGUUCUUAACAAGAAGACACCACACAGCGUUGUGCAGUCUCUGCUCACUUUGUUGUGUGUUCGUAUUGCCUGUGGCGGUGCCAUCGACAGAUGAUACACCCCUCCCUCGUUCAGAGACUUCGGGAAGGGAGCGUGGUAUCCAAGGCCACCUGUGAUAACGAUGCCAGCCUUCUUUUUUUAACCUCAUCUCUUCGAUUUCUUUCAUUCUCGUUCACUGUAUUGAGCAAACAAAGCUGCUGCAGGCGCGCCACUUGCCAUUCGCGCUCAUGGCCUUGGUGCCUGUGUCACACUGGGUUUUGCUAGAAUGCCCUCCCUUUCCACGUGACCUCCGUCGCCUCCAUGAGAACCUUUCUCAAGCUCAUGCUCUCUCACUGUCCACGCUGAGCAAGCCCUGGAGCUGCACUCUCAAAAGCACAGACUGCCUGACCUUGGCUUUGGUUUUCUGUCUAACCACCAGGGUCACUUUCUGCUCCUUGUUACGGUUAAUGAGGGAGUGUUUCUUAUCUCCCUUGGCAGAUUACAAAUUUCUUUUUUUUUUUUUUUUUUUUUUUUGUGGGACCCUUGCCGGAGGCCGGGGAACAAACAGCCGGGAACAAACCCGCGCUGCAGAGGCUGCAGGCAGCCUCUGCAGCCCCUGCUCAACUGCUGCGCCACCAUGGGAGGCCCAGAUUACAAAUUCUUAAGGGUGUAGCCUGUUGCAUUUCUUGCUGUGCAUAUAAGUGAGAUGCUCACUUAGCUGCCUUCUUGGGGCAGUUCUGAACAUGAGGUGAUCUGCUGACCUCUUGAGUGAGCAUGUUGCUUGUCAAGUCAGUGCCUUUGGCUUGCGUUGGCAGAUUGUAUGCUUAUCAGAAGUUGUUGGUUUCCAAGCUUUUAUGGAAGGUAAUCUUGUAUUUAUAAUUGUAAAUAUCAUGUAAAAUGAUAGUGUGAGUACAAAUUUAUUUUUUUCCCUAAAACCCAAUUGGAUUAUUUGGAAAGACUUUAGUAAAGGUGAGUCACUAAAAUAAUGACUGUAGAAUUAGAUGUGGCUGCACUAAGUGCAAGUUUGAGAGGAGUAACGGGGAUUCUGCAUGUCGACCACUCUGCAAGGGUUUCCUAAAGCCUUCCACUGUAGAGACGGAAAUGGAAAUUGUAGAGGGCGUGUUUAUUGAUGUGGUUUAGAUAGAGGAGAAGGAACUUCUCUGAGUGCUUUGAAACCAUACUAGAUUGGCAAAUGUAUGUUUCUGUGUUAAAUAAGAUGUUUAAUGUAUGUGGGAUAAUUUCUUGAUUUCCUUUAAUAUUAGUCCCUUAUUUUCACCUGUUGCUUUUGGAUAUGAUUGAGAUGAAGGCUUCUGCGCCAGUCAGUGCUCUGGUUGUCCUUUUCUCAGUGGAUGGGAGUAUGAGGUCCUGGAGGAAGAUACCGCUGCGUUAUGUUUGAGAAAACAAAGAACAGGCCUGGGAGACGAGCAGAGCUUUAGACACAAGUGACCUGGUUUUGGUUCCUGGAAUCCACCUCCUAGGGAUCGGAACCAUUUUGAAGCCUCCUCUGUAAGCGGAGCCAUCGCCAAGCUGGAGUCUCUGAGGGGAAGGUGGCUGCGACCUUGGCGGUGGCAGGUGCAUAGUCUGCUGUGGUCCCAGGGACCUAGACGUCGUUGCCUGGUUUUCCUUUCUUCCCGCAUCAUUGAAGAGACUCCAAAGAGGGACUUAUUUCUUCUAAGUUGUCUUAUUAGAGUCUGAGACUCAGUCAGACCUGGACUAUAGUCCGCUUCUGGCUUUGGACUGUUGGAUUCUGUGUUCUCAUGUAGGCUGAGGGCUGUGUGCACCCUUCAGGGAGCCCACCAGACUGAAGGAUACUUGGUGUAAGCUGUCAGAAGUUGCUCUUCCUAGUCCACUUCUUUGGAUGUUGGGUGAGUGCUUAUUUUAGGCCUGAAUGAUUAGAUUGUGGAUAUACCCAUUGUAUUAACCUCCUAGGGGCUUGAAAUACAAUACUUUUAUUUUUGACCAGGUUUCCUGUUUCCAUCUAAUGGGAGUUAACUUACCACCUUGACUGAUGAUACUUGUGCCUUUCUCAUUUCCCCAGACCCACUCUAGAUACAUAGUAGCCAGCUACAAAUGAAGAAGUAAAAUCUCAAAUGAAAAAGGAGGUCCACUGUGUUCUUCCCUGUCAUUCAAAUCUACAUACAAGACUUGUUCUGACCCCUCCCCUGUGCUUCGGGGAUGGUUACUAUGGACAGGAACUUAAACAUUUGGGCUUCACAAAACCCCUACCUGGAGCCCUCCGUGCACAUAGGCUGGCCUUUGCCCGCCUCUCCAGACUCAAGAAUAGCUGGUUUUGUGUUCGUUUAGACUUCAGUUUUUAAAUCCCACCCUUGCUCUUGAAAUACUUUACUUUUUGUUAAGUGAAGAAGUGAGUGCGGUCGUCACACCCAGGCUGCUGUGGAUGGGGCCCUGCAGGGGUCCAGCCUGGGUCCAGCCUGGGAGAUGAUCCGCGAGGCGCCCAGAUCCGCUGUGCUCGGCGCCCAGUGUGCAGGAGCCUUGGACCCAGCUCUCCACAGCUGGCUGUUAGGGGCCCUCAGCUGAAGUUCCGGAUACCGGCUCUGUUUUCCGUUUGUGCUCACAUGUCCUGUGUGCAAAUUCUGAAUGUAAAACUUCUUUCAGUACAGAUUUUAAUUCAGAUUUAAGGUGAGUUUUUGUUGCAGGGGGCCAGGCCUAUGUUACAGGAAAGGCAUACUCGAGAGUCCUUUGUUAAAAAAAAUAACUUGAACCGGCUAAAGGAAAUCUAUGAUCCAGUUAGUAGGUGGUUUUCAUUGCCAUUCUCUGGUAAGAAAGCAAUUGUACGACAUACAGUGUCUCUUAAACCUUAGACAGACGGCUCCUGCCGGAACGUCGUAAGGACCGCGGACUCCGGUCAGGCGCUUGGCCGCGGGAAUGCCAUUCUCAUGUGUGAAUUGAGGGCCACAAGUUUGCCAAUUUAGUUUCAAGGGCUAAAAUGAAGAAAAGAGAUUUCCCUAAUGCAAUUUUAUUCAAUAUUUUAGCAGGAUUAAGUCACUGGAGCUCCUUGUAAUUUCAACUCCUGACAUGCAGGGGAAAGCAGUUCUGAUGGUGUUUCUCAGUUAUUGCACACGUCCACUUGUCCUGAGUAGGAAACAAAAAGUAAAGUUCAGUUGCCUUGGUCAUCUGCAACACCAGUUUUAUGCUCGCUUCUUAGGUUUAAUUUAGGACAUGGUUUCUAUUAGUCCUUCCAUAUAUCGUUAAAGUUAGCCUGCUUGUGGUUCUAUUUUUUACUACUUGAAAAUCUUACAAAGUGUAAAAAUUUUCCAACUGUAAGUAUCUGCCUGUGAAAACACUGCAAUUUCAGGACCUUCUAUUUAUGAUUUAGCCUCCUGGGGAAAUUAGAGUCUGGUCUACCAGGAAGACUCUUGUGUUUACGUUUUCUGGCCUCAGUCACAUGGAAAAAUGAGAAACUUUUUUUGUAUCUGUUCUUCUAGGAAUAGUUUUUCUAGGAACAUAAAAUUGGAACCAAAUUGGAUGACAACAGAAACAUGAAGGCCAACCGACGAGUCGACCUGGUUGAAUGUCCUGCCUCUAAACCAUAUGGUUUAAAGAACCUAAUCCACAAAGUUGAUGGGAUGUUGCUAGACGCCCUCAGCGAUCCUCUCAACUGUCUCACCUGUAAGCUGGGGGUCAUUGUGCCCACCUCUUGAAGUUUUGUGAAGCUUAGUCUUUACCAGGUGCUGGUCCCUGGAUGUUUUUUGUUCAAAUUGGAAAAAUCUUAAACCUGCCCACAGACUGCUACGGUGUCCAGUGAGAAGGGACCUGUGGACAUUGGCUCUUGAAGGGUCUGAGCAGGUGUUGGGCCCCUCCCGUGCAGAGAUCUCGUCUCUGGCUCUGCUGUCCUGGAGAAGUGAGCGUUAGACUCAGCCUGGGAAUCUCAGCCUGUCUGUGCACUCACCAGGGCGCAGAACAUGCCUUAGGUCUGAUGUCCAUUAAUCCUAUUUGGCAGAGAGAAUGUGACUGAUGUGAAAAGUGCCGCCUAGAGGUUAAGGAGGAACGUGCUUGUUUUGGUUCUGGACAUUUAUUUCUCUGAAUGAACAAAAAACCGCUGCAGCAGACUCCCCAACACGCAGCCCCGCAUCACCUCCCCUCCAGUAAAACCAGGAACACUGCGGCUGUUUGUUCCUUCAUGGGGAACCACAUGUCAGCUCCUGCCAGGUUGGUACAGUAGGCUUCACUAGACUUAGCGGCCACUCAGAAUUUCUCCUCCAACACCUGAGUAAAUGCUGAUGGUCUUGUGGAGAUGGAUUAAGAGUACGAGCUAAGUUCUCAAUCUCAAUUAAGAAGCGGAGGAAAAUUUAAACUGUCUCCUUCAAAGUUUAUCACAGCCAGCACCAUCAAGACAGCAAACCAAAGGACAAAGACUUGACCUGCGUGUCACUCUGUGUAGUCCCGCUCACGUGUGGUUUACAGACUGACUGAGGUCACUAGGAGUAAAUAAAAGGUGGACCCUUCUGUCAUUGGACGCUUUUGUUCACAAAGUUACCAAAAUGAGGGCUGUGCUGGAGACAGCAGACAUUGCCAUAGUGGCCCUGUAUUUCAUCCUGGUCAUGUGCAUUGGGUUUUUUGCCAUGUGGAAGUCUAACAGAAGCACCGUGAGCGGAUACUUCCUGGCGGGGCGCUCUAUGACCUGGGUCGCGAUCGGUGCCUCUCUGUUUGUGAGCAAUAUUGGGAGUGAGCACUUCAUUGGGCUGGCAGGAUCUGGAGCUGCGAGUGGAUUUGCAGUGGGCGCCUGGGAGUUCAAUGCCUUGCUGCUUUUGCAACUUCUGGGCUGGGUCUUCAUCCCGAUUUACAUCCGCUCGGGGGUGUACACCAUGCCCGAGUACUUGUCCAAGCGGUUUGGCGGCCAUAGGAUUCAGGUCUAUUUCGCCGCCUUGUCUCUGCUUCUCUAUAUCUUCACCAAGCUCUCCGUGGAUCUGUACUCGGGUGCCCUCUUCAUCCAGGAGUCUUUGGGUUGGGAUCUGUAUGUGUCUGUCAUCCUGCUCAUUGGCAUGACCGCUUUGCUGACCGUCACCGGAGGCCUCGUGGCAGUGAUCUACACAGACACCCUGCAGGCCCUGCUCAUGAUCGUGGGUGCGCUCACCCUGAUGGUUAUUAGCAUGAUGGAGAUUGGUGGGUUUGAGGAAGUGAAGAGAAGGUACAUGUUGGCCUCACCCAAUGUCACGUCCAUCUUGUUGACAUACAACCUUUCCAACACAAAUUCUUGUAACGUCCACCCUAAGAAAGACGCGCUGAAGAUGUUGCGGAAUCCAACAGACGAAGAUGUCCCCUGGCCGGGGUUUGUCCUGGGGCAGACCCCAGCCUCGGUGUGGUACUGGUGUGCCGACCAAGUGAUCGUGCAGAGGGUCCUCGCGGCUAAAAACAUCGCCCACGCCAAGGGCUCCACGCUGAUGGCUGGCUUCCUGAAGCUCCUGCCCAUGUUCAUCAUCGUGGUCCCGGGGAUGAUUUCCCGGAUUCUGUUCACUGACGACUUAGCGUGCAUCAACCCAGAGCACUGCCUGAGGGUGUGCGGCAGCAGAGCUGGCUGCUCCAACAUCGCCUACCCGCGCCUGGUAAUGAAGCUGGUCCCUGUAGGCCUGCGGGGCCUGAUGAUGGCAGUGAUGAUCGCGGCGCUGAUGAGCGACUUGGACUCUAUCUUUAACAGUGCCAGCACCAUAUUCACCCUGGAUGUGUACAAACUCAUCCGCAAGAGCGCAAGCUCCCGGGAGCUGAUGAUUGUGGGGAGGAUAUUUGUGGCUUUCAUGGUGGUGAUCAGCAUCGCGUGGGUGCCGAUCAUUGUGGAGACGCAAAGGGGCCAGAUGUACCUGUACAUCCAGGAGGUGGCGGACUACCUGACGCCUCCCGUGGCGGCCCUGUUCCUCCUGGCGAUUUUCUGGAAGCGCUGCAACGAGCAGGGGGCUUUCUACGGUGGGAUGGCCGGCUUCGUCCUUGGAGCCAUCCGCUUGACCCUGGCCUUUGCCUACCGUGCCCCAGAGUGUGACCAGCCCGACAACAGGCCAGGUUUCAUCAAAGAUGUCCACUACAUGUACGUGGCCACGGCGCUGUUCUGGAUCACGGGGCUCAUCACUGUGGUGGUGAGCCUGCUCACGCCACCCCCGACGAAGGAGCAGAUCCGCACCACCACCUUCUGGUCUAAGAAGAGCCUGGUGGUGAAGGAGAGCUGCUCCCCGAAGGACGAGCCGUACAAAAUGCAGGAGAAGAGCAUCCUGAGGGGCAGCGAGAACAGCGAGGCCGUCAACCACGUCAUCCCCAACGGGAAGUCUGAGGACAGCCUCAAGGGCCUGCAGCCCGAGGACGUCAACCUGCUGGUGACCUGCAGAGAGGAGGGCGGCGCCCUGGCCUCCGUGGGCCACUCCGAGGCGGAGACGCCGGUGGACGCGUACUCCAACGGGCAGGCGGCGCUCAUGGGGGAGAGGGAGAGGAAGAAAGAGGCGGAGGACGGAAGCCGCUACUGGAAGUUCAUAGACUGGUUCUGUGGCUUCAAAAGCAAGAGCCUCAGCAAGCGGAGUCUCAGAGACCUGGUGGAGGAGGAGGCUGUGUGUUUACAGAUGUUGGAAGAGCCGCCGCGAGUGAAGCUAAUACUAAAUAUUGGACUUUUUGCUGUGUGUUCCCUUGGAAUUUUCAUGUUUGUUUAUUUUUCCUUAUGAACUUUGAAGGAUACAAUGAGACAUUAACUUAAGAACAUAACUGGUUUUUUUGGGGGGGAUCCUUAUGUAACUGUUGCAUCUCUCAGGCAUUGUUUACGCUGUAGGUUUUAGCCAAAUUUUACUUAGCUGAAAAUCAUUUUUUUUGCAAGACUUUAUUUUCCCAGAGGUGGAUGAAAGUCAAUUUUCAACCUAAGUGAAGCAAACUUGUUUAUCAGACUGAAUUGUGCAAAUGUCUUUUAAAAUUUGCCGUACCAAAGUCAGGAGAGACCAGUUGUUCUCACAGGACCCUCAGAGCAGCGCAGCCCUACGGCCACCCAUAAGGUGGGCCUGUCUGCCUGGCCAGGCCUCGUGGGCCUUCUGAGGCGGAGGACCCGCUCGCCUCACAGUCUUCCCUCCAUCCCUGUCAACCCCACCGCCGCUGCCAUGAGAACAGCAGCAGGAGCCUGAAUUAGCUAGUCCGUGUCGCGUCCGUGCGGGGACUGAAAACCCAUGUGUGUGGGUGCUCGUCUGGGGACAGGUCGGCUGGUGCCGGGCUCCCCCGGCUGUGGGAGGACGACUUCCUGUGGUUGCUCUGCCUCCGGCGCGGGGGUGCUGGGCGGAGGUGGUGCCCGUUCUAGUUUGCUUUCCUGGUUGGAGAUUUGAGGGGACCAUGUUCUGUCUUUAAAGUUACCUGUCAUGACUGUGUUGUUCACUGACUUUGGGGGAGAAAAUGAAGUGAGCAUUGCUGAUGACCCCCACACUUUUGGACCAAGUUAAGGUUGUCGAUGUAGUUGAGGAUUGGCAGCCCAAGCAGUGUUUGCUCACUUUCCUGAGGCUUCAUGACUUCCCAGCGUCCCUCCUGUCACUUGGUCACAUUCUUGACCAGCCUGGUGCUUCUCAGGGUUCCACUUGGAAGACAUGCCCAGAAAUUCCGAGAAAAGUUGGCACAGCCCACGUGCUGGCCUCGCACUUGAUGAGCCCACGGUGCAUUGAGAUUGAAUUUUCAGAGGGAGGAUUUCAUUGAGACCAUAGUGUAUCCUUGAUAAGUUUUUUUCCUGAUUCGCUUUUUCCCAAGACGUGCCACCGAUCCGUGGCCUCUGUUCUUGUUGAGAACGUUGCAGUGACCAGAGCUGCAGGGUGCCCUGCACACCGGCCUUCACUGACACGCCCCAGCCGGCGGGCUUGACCCUGGGCGGUCCCCGCACCCUGCACUAGAGGGGUGGUGUGCUCCACAGGGCCACGCGCAGGGACUGGCCCCCAGGUUGGUCUGUCGGGGUGUGCAGGCCCCGUGCAUGUCAGACGUGGGGCCUCCGCCUUGGGGGCUGCUGCCCUCUUGUCGCUUCCCUGGGUGGGAAUCUCUCUUUUCAGGCUGAUUCCUCUUCCUGGGGGCCAGGUACAGGAGGUCCAGAGGCUCUGCAGCUCGGUGUGGGGGUGCGCGGACGCUGUCCUGUCACCCUCAGGUAGAGGGAGGGCGCUAACUGUGUAUCUACUUUCUUUGACUUUGUUUCCUGUAAUUGCUGAUACUUUUUAAAUUGCAUGAUUUUACUAAGCUUGUAUUGUUUAGGGAACAACAUUACUUUUUUUUAAGAUACUUUUGUAGAUUUUGAAUCAAAACUCAGUCCUAAUGACUUUACAUUUUUUGUAUUCUAUACACUAGUGUCACUAUGACGGACUCGAUGCGUCCAAAGCUGAUUUUAGAGAUUUUCAGGUAGCAUAAUGUCUUCCCAUCGCCAGGAGACUUUCUGGUGGACUGAGUCUGUAGGUGAAAAAAUAAUUCAUGUAUGAGUAGCAUGAUUUCUGAGCAAUUAGAGUGCCUUGUAGAAUUUUUUCUCAGCUUACUUUCUUAAGGUUUAUAGCCUGGGGGCCAAAUAAACCGGGACCAUUCUUUUCUUGUCUGGAGGCUGUGAAACCGCGAAAAGAGCGGGGUCACCAAGUCCGUUUCGAAGAACAGAAAACCGGAAGUCCACAGCUGGACUCACGCUUUGUUCUCCUCUGUUCUCAAAGGAACUAUUCUCCUGUUGAGACAACCUUCUGGUGUUUGGGGAAAUAAUAGGAUCUUAGGUUUUUCAACUUGGCAUUAAGUUGUAGAAAUUUAAAGUAUUUUCUUUUUUUUGACUCUGAACACAUCGGCAGUGAGGAUACACAAACUGAGCAGCCUUCCUCCCCCUGCUGUUUACAGCAUAAAAGAAUUGGGGGUCUUGAUGAGGGGUCCUCCACCCCUUUUUUAAUAUUGAGUCCUAAUAGUUUGGAGUAUUAGGGUCCCCCUGCCUUCUCUCUGCUGUUGUCUUAGUACACUUCAUACAGCACAUCCCGUGUGUCUGCGCGUGUGUAUAUAGCAGUAGGUCAAGUGUAGAGAACUGAUGUCUGUAAAUAAGGAAUGACUAUUAGCAUAUCUGUUAGGAUUGUUUAUUCUUGCCAGUACGCGCAUCACUUGAUUUAGAUUGACGUCCCUGAAGCUUGCCCGUCUUAUUGCUUCCCAGUAAUAUGUAAUGCGCUCGAAUAAGUUUGUGAAUUGCUGAUUGCAGCGUCAUUUCAGGGGACCAUUUUUCAGUCUGUUUCAUUAGAGUGAUUGCUGAUGGGAAGAUACAUGGUCUGUCUUAAGCUCGCAAGAUGUUGGUGCUUGAACCAAACAGGGUCCUGUGUGAUGACCUUAUCUCAGACAGCAAAGUGUGUGUGUUUUUGUCGUGUCUCAAGCUAAGGGUCAGAACCGACCAGGAGUGAUAGUGACUGAUCAGUGAGGACACUGGACUUCUGAGGCGGAGAAAAACACCCUGUCUCUUUUGCUAAUGCUAUCCUCCAUUCUUCGGCUUUUAUCCUCUCUGGCAACCUGAGUCUCGAGAUUUGAUGAGAAGAACUUACUACUGUGGUGUGCAGGGUGAUUCGCGGGACCGCUGAUUUCCCUGUUAGUCCAAGACGGUUCUGCCUCCCCGGGUUAGUAAGUCGCUUCUCAAACAGCAGAGCCAGUCUUUCUCCUCCAGUCUCUCUUCUGGUGAGGGUGUCAUCUUCUCUUCAUUAGAGGAGCAUCGAGCAGUAGUGGUGGUGCUGUGGCCUUCGGCUUACACCCAGCCACUCUGCUCUCCCUGGGUUUCCUUUUCUCUUGACUCAGAGCAUCCAUUGUCCUGUUGCGCAGAGAGGCCUGGGCCAGGCCCUGCCCGAGCCCCUAGGGCCGACAUGACACCUGGUGCCACGAGCAGGGACUCGUUGCUCCUGAGCUUCCCAAGAUUGAACACUUGUGCGGGAAGCGGGUUCCUCUGUUCCCUGGCCUGAGGCUGGCGGGAGUGGGUCUGAGAAAUCCAGUCCAGGGCUGUCGGCGUCCUCGCGGCUCUGCCUUCCCAGCCCCCCGGCUGCUUGAGCUCGGCGUAGUGUCUUCCGCUCCCUCCUCUCCGAGAGCAUUUCCGGGAGCCGAUGGGUGUUCUCACUCUGGUCAGCCCAUGGACGGCUCUGUAACGCUUGGCCGUAUCUGACUUGUUUGCUUUCCUUACACUUCGUGGCCCCUGUGGCUUCCCCGAGGUGUGAAGGCUGGAAGGAGGUGUGGGAUCUCGAGUGGCACCCACUGUCUCACCUCUGGGUUGAGACGUAUGAAGACCAUUCCUGUUAAAUUUUGUUACUUGCCAGGACAGAAUUUUCCUAAGAAGUAAGAAAAACUAUGAAAUGAGCUGCUGAGAAGGAUCUCGGCGAUACAGACUCAAGUUGGUAAAGGACAAACAUUAACUUAGAGUCGAAGAGGUGGAAUCCCCGUCAUUGAAUUCUAGAACCAGAGGCACCUUGGUGAUCAACUAGUUUCAGGCCCUCCCCAUGGAGAAUCCAGUACCAGUAAGAGCAAGCCAGGGCAAUCCUGGCUUGGUGUUCAUUAUUGUCAAGUGUGAAUUUGUUAACACAAUUGAAAUUAAAAUGAAUGAUUUGAUAAAAGAUGCUUUAGUGGGAAAAAUGGCUUUUAGGUUUCAGUAUUAAGAUUUCUCGUCAGCUAGGUGUUAAAUUGCCUGUCUCUUCCAUGUGGACAUGAGCUGAGGGGACCUUACAGACAUGGCCUGUUCCCACUCGAGUGUGCGCCCACUUGCUGUUCAGAGACACUGGUCUUUGCCAUUGUCUCUUCGCACCUUGCUUAAAUCUUCACCUGGUUUCUCAACAGUCAUCAGGUUUCUGUUUCGAUCUUUUGUCAGCCUAGUUCACUUUUUUAGACUUAUUGCCACGGUGUGCAAAAGUGCAGCUUUGUCCCAGUUGUAAAGACAUGGAUCCAAAUAAUGAUUCAUUAAAUGUAGUUAUGUUUAAAUAUGUUAUGAUUCCACUAGCUUCAACUGUUAAUUCUCAAGAAUGAUUUUUUCAGACUUUGUGUUCACUAAUAAUAAAAGCCCUAAUAAUUCAGUAGUAUUUUAUUCUGAAAACUUUUUCAAAAAGUAGGGGGGCAGCAUUAUUGAAAAUUCAUAUGCGUCCCUUUGAAGUGACGGUCUGGCGAUGCAAAAGGACUGGCGUGAGCUUUGAUGC